CUGGGGGAUGGCUAACAUGAGACAUUAGCCCUCUGCUAACGUUAGUAAUUCUUGGGCAACUUUAUAUUCUUUUUCCACACAUCGUGGAAAAAAGCUCUGUGGACUUGAAUUUCCACAACUUAACACAUCUCCUGUACAGAGGUACAAAAUGACAACCAUCACAACGGGUGGAAAUGUUGAAUCUGUAACUGUGAGGAGAACAGAGUCUGCAGAUGCUCAGGAGAUCAACAAUCUUAUCAGACCUAAAACUACGGCUAUAUUUGGAAAUAUCAAUGUAAUAUAUUUGCUAGAAAGGGCAAACUUGGCAGUAACUGUAACCACAAAAAAGGAUGACGUUCUUGCACAUGCUGCCUUUCUGGACUAUCCCAUGGGGGACUUUGUGGAUCAAGCUGAUUGGGAGUCAUUUUUGCAGCAGCACUUCAAUGCUGAAAAAUGCACACCCAUGAACACACUGUUUUUGCAUCUCUUUGUUGCACAACCCGACGCUUCCUCUGGCACUGCAAAAGAGAUUGUCAGGACUGUCUUUAAUGCCAUCACAGAGCUGCAAUACAUCCUAUUGGUUGUACCAAACAAAUGCUGCAUUGGUGACUUAGAGCCAGCAUUGGUGGAAAUUUUUGAGCCAAUGAAGUCUCUGAAAAAAACAGAGGUCCCCUUCUCUGCAUUUGUAUGCCACCGGCAUCAGCAUUGUCCCCAGCUACACAUCCGCAGAGCAAGGGUGGAGGAUCACGAUGACCUCAUCCAGAUCUUCACAGAGCAGAUGAAGGCCCUCUCCAGCACCUAUGGCAGCUACUUCCUGGCUGAGCUCAUCGAGGCUCAGGAUAAGGAGAACCAUGCAGCUGUCUGUGAGAGUGAUGGAACUGCUGUGGGCUUUAUCAGUGUCAGUGGGAACAUAAAUUUGACCAUGCUCAAUGAAUGCUUUGAACUUGGACCCUUCAAUGGGCUGCGCAAGACAAAGGCAGAGACCCCUACUGCAGAGUCCCUUCUGCAGCCUGACCCCCUAUUGUCCACCCCCUCAAUGGACGCCACUGAAGCACAAAAGCCAAACAAGGAGGUCAGUGAUUGUAAUGAGGAGUGCAGAUCUGAUGAUGAGCUGUCAAAUCAGCUAAGCAGUGAGCAGCAGUCGGAGACUGAGACGGAGCCCGAGUCGGAUCCUCCAAAUGCAUUCCGUGUCCAGCUCUUUGUCAUCGACAAAAGAUUGGAGAUGAGGUCUGUAGACUUCCUUCCUUACGUCUUCAAACAGUUCCCUGAUCGUGAUUUCUGCAUCAUGUCCGUGCCCAAGCUGGCCCCAGAGUUCCCCCUGCUCCAGUCCUUCCUGCGUGUGGUACCCCAUCACACCAGCAGCCUGCCCCAGGAGCUCUACAUCUUCCACCGUGCCGGCCUGCUCAAGACGUUUGAUGUGCGCGUGGCUGUGUCCACCGACAUGCCCGCUGUCCAACGCCUGGUGGAAAAGCUCGGCCUACACCAGUCUCUCGUGGCGGAUCUGGACUCCUUCCUCAAGGCCCGCCGAGACCUGGAUGGAACCCCUUUGCAGGCAUUUGUAGCUGUGGUGCAGAAGCAAGUCGUUGGAGUAAUGAUCAUUAAAAAUGAACAGGACAUGGAGUACAUCCGAGCGAACUACAGCAUCGAGAAUUUCAUCUACUUCAGCUACCACCGGCACGAAGAGCAUGGCCAGCUGUGCCACUUGGCGCUCAACCCCACCUUUCAGCACCAUGCCAAGCACUUCCUCAAGGAGGCGCUGCGCCUCGCCCACAAGUCCUGCCUCUACUACCCCAUCUACCCACCACUCCACGAGCACAAGAAUUCCUGUGGCCACUACCUGACGGUGGCGUUGAACCACAUGGUGCCCGUGCGUCCACGCCGGCAGAUCAUCCUCUCUCUGGAGGAGCUUGGCACGAACGCGCCAUCGCAGCAGAUCACCAAGGAGCAGCCACCGUAUGCACUCAACCAUUUCAAUCGGAAGCUGACGAUGGAACCCAAAGUCACCAUCAAUGCCAGGAUAGUGGUUGUGGGCGCGUCGGACACAGGUCUGUCCUUCCUGGAGGUCUUCAUAUUCUGCCCUCAUCUCAGGUUCAACAACAUCACUUUGAUCUCCACUCACGGCAUCCCAGCCAGUCACAGCCCCGAGGCCACCAGGUUCCUGGCGACGAGCCAUGGCUACAGUUCAAGGGUCCAUGCCCAGCUCUCUCUGCGCUCCUGGAUAAACAUUGUGAUGGGUAAGAUGAUUGCCAUUGACCGGGCUUCCAAACACGUGCUGGUGACAGGCGGCAGAAAAGUCCCGUACGACCAUCUCAUCCUCUGCACUGGGCAACAGUACCAGGUCCCCUGUCCAACUGGCGCGGACAUCAGUAAUGUUGCGUCCAGUGGUGGCCUCCCUGUGCAGACAAGGCAUGAGAGGUACACGGGCCCAGUGCCCUCCAACCUCUUCACCCUCAACGACGAGCUCGACUGCCAGGCUGCCUACGACUGGCUGGUCAACAAUUUCAUAGAGCAGGAAGGGGACGCUGUUGUUUAUGGUAACAGCAUUGACGUGUACAGCUGUGUGGAAGCCCUGUUGGCCACUGGGGUAUGUGGCUCCAGGAUACACCUGGUCCACCCACCUACCAACAGCCUGGAGUCCUGCUUCAGUGACCCCACAGUGGGGAAAGCAGUGACGUCGGCCUUGGACAAGUGUGGCGUUCACGUACACCACAGCUACCUAUUGGCUCAGUGGAAUGACGGACAACACCCUGACCCUAUCACAUCAGUAUCCUUCACUAGCGGACUAGUGGAUGGACCUCCUCUUCGACUGGAGUGUGCUGUUUUCCUGAAUCUCUCCACGAAAAACGUCGACUACGACGCCUUUAAGACCAUCAACGAUGCCUGUCUGGUGUAUGACGGACGCAUGGUCAUCAAUACCACCUUCCACACCAAUGACUCCACCAUCAGAGCCGCAGGCCCCAUGACCAAGUUCGCCCGCCGUUACCACGCUGACCAGUGGUCCCACGGCAACUUCAACUCGACGGAGGUGGGCCGGGAGCUGGCCGCCGUGCUUCUGCCCUUCUUCGACCCGACUUUGGAGUUCAUCAAAGACCCCCCCAUCGACACGGACCGCCUCAUACCGCUCUAUAGCCAAGCCAAGGUCCAAGGUGCACGACUGCCAGGAGGGUUCAGUUACCUGCAUGCAACCAAACCAGCUGUUUGGCUCACAUCCCCAAGAGAUUCAGAUGGCAGGGACAUCAUCACUGGAAGGACAGAGACGGGGAACUACUUCCGCCUGCACCUUGACCAGCACAGCAUGGUGGACACCAUCACCUGUAUAUCCAUGAAGCCGCUGCCCGUGUCCAACUACCUGUGUCUCUACGGCAAACACGAGCAGUUGCUCAACCACCUGUGCUCUCGCUACGACGAAGGCCUGGUUUAUGACCUCUACAGCUACUUCCAGGAGAGAUGGUGUCUGGCAAUUUACCAUGACCGCUUCCCUGAUUUCGAGGAAGAGAUGCACCAUAUCAUGGAAUCCACGCAAAUACAGCUUCAGGGUGAUGCCUUGUCUAUACCUGAACUCAUUCAGAGACUGGUGGAGGCUAAUGUGGAAAUCACAGAAGAACCAGAGCAUUUCCUCAAGAAGAGUUUUGAGAAGAGCAAGGGAUUAGCCUCCUUGAAGAAGAGCGCCCUCAAUUACCUUAAGUACAACAGAUACCAUCUGACCAUGUAUGCACAGCCUGGAUUACUGUGAGUGCAUCACAUCUCAGUUUCCUCCUGCCUCUCUCUUUAUUAAACUCUGUAUUGUUGUGAUUUCA